GAAUCCGACGUCUUCUUAUUGAUGUUCAAAUGAUGUUAGGUGAACUACGUACAAUUACAAAGAUCUGCUGGAGUGCGCUUAUGUUGGUCCUGUCGCCACUAAUGUUUGUUCUCGCAAUCGCCUCGUCCAUAGUGACGAUCGCUACGCAACCCGAUGAAAGUCGAGCGAUGCUCCCAACCUGGUCACUUGCUAUCGGGUGGUUCAUUGUUAUCUUGUCAACGAUAGGACUGCCAAUUACAAUGAUUUACAAGCUGAGUAUUCACAAAUGUGACACGCACAAACUUGUUCUACCAAGUGAAGAAUACGCAAGCCAUGUAGCUGAUCGUAGAGCAAGGAAAAAAUCCGAGCUAGCUCAUGUAGAAGGCAAUUUGCACU